UUUUUUUCCCACUUAUAUUCUCUCUCUUCUGCAGCAUGUUUUCUUUUUUUUUUUUCUCUCUCUUUCAAGCCUCCUUGCCCAGAAAAAUUUUGGAAAAAGAGGCUAACUUGCCAUAUUUUCAGGUUCUUGGUCUCUUUUAAGUCUCUUCUGUUUCAAACGGGUAAGCUUCACCCUACAAGAAUUAUUUUUUGAGUAGCUGUGAUUUUUUCUUCUUUCCAUUAAUUGUUUGAGGGUCUACCAUACCCAGAUAUUGUCCUGCUUUUCUUUCUCUUUUUUCUCUGCAUAUACAUGGAAUAAAAGAUCCUCAAUUCAAGAGAGCCUCAGAUGGGGUUGCCUUAGAUCCAGGAAACACAAGUUUUAGGUGAAAAGGUUUCAACUUUUUAGGAUUUUCUUGUGAUUUUCUGGUGUUGGUUUUACCUUUUCCAAGGUUGUUUCUCAUGACUGUUCCUGCUUUCUAUUAUUGGGUUUAAAGAUGAAGAUUUUAGUAUUCUUGUUUUUCAUUUGUGGUUUAUGUACUUAAAGGUAGGUGGUGGGGAUAGGAUUUGGGUUACUUUCUGGAAAAAGGUGAAAAGAAUUUGAUAAGUUCUGGAGUUUUAAGGAUAACUCAAACUACCUGCGAAGACUUGAAAUAUCUGAUAAUUAGAACGUUAGAUCCACUGUUGCUCACCAGAUCUGAUAACUUGUUUUCCAUUCUGCUUGUGCUCAACUGCUUGCGUAUCUUCGAUUUGACCUUGGAGAUAGAUUGUGUUUCUGUAUAUCUCCUUGAUGAAAAAAUAUCGGUGGGUCAUUGUGAUGUCAUAUGAUGGAAGGAGAAUUGUUAGAACCUGCAAGCUUUACCUCAAGUUUUUUUGGUGAAAGGGAAUGAGGAGGAUGAAAAUUGGUGGAUUGUGUGAAGAAAGUUAGAGAUAGUUAGAACUGUUAAUUGGACACAGAGAGUGGAAUUGAUGGAAGAGAUGUCCCCAGCGGUUGCAAUGACGCUUAGUUUAGGCAAUUCUAUGUGUGAUAGUUCAGGUAUUGCAACCCAUGUGGAAAUUACGCGACGAAAGCUAGUAACAGACACUGUGAGCUUGUUGUCUGAUCCUGCUAGGGUGGUAUCCGAUGAGGCUGUUACUGCAUGCUGUGGAAGUUCUAGCGACACUAAGAAUGAGGAGGACUUUGCCACCUUGUCUGCACCAGAAGAUGGUGGUGUUCAAGUAACUGAUUCACUGAAAAUAUUGCCAGAAAAUGGAAACAUAUCAGUUCCAACUGAUGUGAUUCAGGAAAGUGAUGAAGAUGAAGUAUUGUCAGUUGCGGAAGACAAUAAUGGAAUAAUGACUGAGCAAUUGUUGGCAUUGGAAGCAGGAUCUGAAAUAAGCUUGCCAAAAUCUGUUGGGAUUGAAGAUAGCCAAAUUAUUGCUAAGGCUAUAAUUGUGGAGUCAUCAAAUGAGGUGCAGGUGCCUACGGCAAAACUUCUUAUUGCAGCAGUGAGCUCAAAUGCUGAUAUCUCUGAUGGCUCUGAUUUAAGGGCAUCUGCAGUGGUUCUUAAGUUGCCCAGUGAGAAGAAUCUCAGCAAAGGAACUACACGGAGUGUGUUUGAACUUGAUUGCAUACCCCUUUGGGGUUCUGUAUCAAUUUGUGGCAGAAGACCAGAAAUGGAAGACGCUGUUACAGCUAUCCCUCGGUUUGUAAAAAUUCCUAUCAAGAUGCUUAUUGGUGACCGUUUUGUUGAUGGAUUAAGUGAGAGUUUGACCGAUCUAACGAGUCAUUUUUAUGGUGUUUAUGAUGGCCAUGGGGGCACUCAGGUUGCUAACUACUGUCGUGACCGAAUCCAUUGGGCCUUGGCUGAAGAGAUUGCAAAUGUUAAAAAUGAUUUAACUGAUGCGAGCAUGGAAGUACACCAGCAGGUGCAGUGGGAAAAAGCCUUCACUAGAUGCUUUCUUAACGUUGAUGAAGAGAUUGGAGGAAAAGGUACCAGAAGCACCAUUGAAGGCCAUGUUGACGCUUCUGAUGCUGCUUUUGAGCCGUUGGCACCAGAAACAGUUGGAUCUACUGCUGUGGUUGCCUUGGUAUGUUCAUCCCAUAUCAUAGUUGCAAACUGUGGUGAUUCAAGAGCAGUGCUUUAUCGUGGAAAAGAGUCAAUGGCAUUGUCUGUUGAUCAUAAACCAAACAGAGAAGAUGAAUAUGCAAGGAUUGAAGCUUCUGGAGGCAAGGUGAUUCCGUGGAAUGGACAUCGUGUUUGUGGUGUUCUUGCUAUGUCUAGGUCAAUUGGUGAUAGAUAUUUGAAACCGUGGAUUAUUCCUGACCCAGAAGUCAUGUUUAUUCCUCGAGCUAGAGAUGACGAAUGCCUUAUUUUAGCAAGUGAUGGCUUGUGGGAUGUCAUGACAGAUGAUGAAGCCUGUGAAGUGGCUCGAAAGAAGAUUUUGCUCUGGCACAAAAAGAAUGGAGUUACAUCUCUGGAUGAAAGGGGCAAAGAAAUUGAUCCGGCAUCUCAAGCAGCAGCUGAGUACCUUUCAAUGCUCGCGCUGCAAAAAGGAAGCAAGGAUAAUAUCUCAGUGAUAGUGGUGGACUUGAAAGCUCAAAGGAAGUUCAAGAGCAAAUCUUAAUCAAGGUUGAAUUAUCAUCUAGCUUAACUCUAUAUACCUAUAUAUUAGAGAAAGUGCAUCUAAUGAAUACAUAGCUCAGUCCAUUCCUUUUUCUCGUGGGCUUAAUGUGUGUGUACAAGAAUAGAAACUAGUGUGUACUAUAGCAAGUGGAUCCGAAUGUCACAUUGCCUGUGUUUUUGAUAUCCACUGUGCCAAAACUAUCUAAUAGUUACAUAAAUUUGAGCUUGCAGGUAGGGGAGAUUUACAGUGUUCAAUUUUGUAGAUCAUCCCUUUGCCUUACCAAUA